CAAGGACAAUCAAGUGGGUUGUGCACCGUGACAGCUGGAGUCAGCUGGGAGAAAAACGUCCAGGACUCUGAACAGGGACAGCUAUGUGUCUCAGGCCAGGUGGUCUCCCCCCCAAACAUUUUGGGCCCGGUCCAAAAUGUUUUAACGUUCAAGGUAUUCGUGUAUUUGCUACAGUCAAGGCUUUGUAUUUGGAGGCCCAUGAGGAAGCCACGACGGAGGGGCCAGCCGGCAUGGGGUGGGGAUGCAAAGGGGAAAAAAUCUGAUCAGCCAUGUAGGGGGCGUGGGGGUCCCCGUCAGCGCUCCCCUUCCCCCUACAGCCUUAAAGUGUCCCCCACUAGAGAGACGCUGACUUACUCCCCGACCCAGAAAGUGGUUGAAGUAGAUUUAGAAGGCAGGCUCCACCGUAUCUCCAUCGUGGACCCUCUGGUGGUAAUUACGGAGGACGAGAUGACAGCCCAGGACAUCGUCGAGUGCAACAGCAACAAAGAGAACAGCGAGCUACCGGUGUCAUCCACCAGUGCCAACCCCGGGCGCAAGCCACCCGCCACGCCCAAGACCCGGAAGAAAGACUCCAAACACUCCUCCUCCACAUCGUCCUCCGCCCCUCACAACCACUGUGCCAACUCCCCCGAUAAAACAAACUCCUCACACAACCACCACCGUGCGCCCCUCCCGGAGCCCACCUUCCGCGUGCUGGACACCUUCACCCCCUGCGCGGCCCCCCCCCUGCCCACGGCCUACUACCGCUACAUGGAGCGCUCGGCGGAAGAGCAGGAGCAGGAGGCGGAGUACGACAUGGACGAGGAGGACGCGGCCUGGCUGGAGAUGGUUAACGCCAGGCGGGCGUCCGACGGCGACGCCAUCGUCUCCCCUGACACCUUCGAGCUGCUGUUCGACCGCCUCGAGGAGGAGUCGUACCGGGAGGCCCGAAGCCGGGCGCCCUCGCAGAGUGCCAUCGACGACGAUGCCUUCUGCUGCAUAUGCCUGGACGACGAGUGCCUCAACAGCAACGUCAUCCUGUUCUGCGACGCCUGCAACCUGGCUGUGCACCAGGAGUGCUAUGGUGUGCCCUACAUCCCUGAGGGCCAGUGGUUGUGCCGCUGCUGCCUGCAGUCGCCCCAGCGCCCCGUGGACUGCGUGCUCUGCCCUAACCGGGGCGGCGCCUUCAAGCAGACCAGCGACGGGCGCUGGGCCCACGUGGUCUGCGCCAUCUGGAUCCCCGAGGUGUGCUUCGCCAACACUGUGUUCCUGGAGCCCGUGGAAGGGGUGGACAACAUCCCGCCGGCGCGCUGGAAGCUCACCUGCUACGUGUGCAAGCAGAAGGGCCGCGGCGCGGCCAUCCAGUGCCACAAGGCCAACUGCUACACAGCCUUCCACGUCACGUGCGCCCAGCGCGCCGGACUCUUCAUGAAGAUCGACCCCGUGCGGGAGACCAACGUCAACGGCACCACCUUCUCCGUGAAGAAGACCGCCUUCUGCGAGGCGCACUCCCCGCCGGGGCAGGAGGGAGAGACCGGGGGGUCGGAUGAGGAGGACGCCGCGGGGAGGGUGGUGGGAAGCCAGGGGCGGGCCAGCCGCGGACGCAGCGCCUAUACCGAAGCCCCGCUGGUACAGAAGAGUGGUAAAAAGGUCAAGCAGAGGAAGGGGAAAGAGGGUUCUAGGGUCGCUGCCUGCCAUGCCGCCACGACGACCAUGGUCACCGUUCCACAGAUCCCCACCCAAAGGUUGAACACCAUCUGCAAAGGCAUUCUUGUCCAGAAGAAGAACCAGUUCAUGCAAAGGCUACACAACUAUUGGCUCCUUAAACGGCAGUCACGGAAUGGGGUCGCUCUCGUCCGUCGACUGCACUCCCAUGUCCAAUCACAGAGGCAUAUUGAACCGCAGGAGCCAGAUGAGAAGGUGUGCGCUGUGAGGGAGGAGCUGAAGUACUGGCAGAAGUUGCGACAUGACCUAGAGAGAGCGCGGUUGUUGGUGGAACUCAUUCGCAAGCGGGAGAAACUGAAAAGGGAGCAGGUCAAGGUUAACCAGGCGGCCCUGGAACUACAGCUGAUCCCUGUUCAGGUGCUGCUGCGCUCAACACUGGACCAGCUGCAGGAGAAAGACGUGGGUCAGAUCUUUGCACAGCCCGUCAGCCUCAAGGAGGUCCCAGAUUACCUGGAGUUCAUCAGCCAACCUAUGGACUUCUCCACCAUGCGCUCCAAGCUGGAAGCCCACAGUUACAGCUCUCUGGCCGACCUUGAGGCCGACUUCGACCAGAUGGUGGCCAACUGCCUGCUGUACAACGCCAAGGACACAGUGUUCCACAGCGCCGCCCUACGUCUCCGCAACCUGGGCGGCGCUAUCCUCCGUCACGCCCAGCGGCAGGCCGAUAACAUCGGCUUUGACUUGACCGUGGGCAUGCACGUGGCCGAAUCACCCCAGAAGAAAGACUACUACCGCUGCACGUGGGAGGAUGUGGACACUUUGCUGGACCCAGAGAACCGUCUACACAUGUCUUCAGAGGAACAGCUGAAGGAACUGCUGGACAAGCUGGACGUGGUCACGGCCAUGCGCUCCAGUGGCGCCCGCACCCGUCGUAUACGCCUCCUGCGCCGCGAGAUCAACAGCAUCCGCUACCGACAGGGCCAGCGCCACCGCGACACCCUCCUCAAUGGAGACGCCAAAGGGGAGGACGUGGACGAGGAUGGGAGAGAUGGCGAGUUUUCAGAUAAAGAGGACCUCAAGUGUACUCCGCCCCCGACUCUGGAGCCAACAUGCCUGGCUCUUCCCCCGCUGGAGGGGGAUGCACCCCUGGAACCCCCCACACUGCGCCCCAUGACAGGGGAGCCACAGAGCCUGGGUCAUCCCAAUAAGCGCCUGAAAUUGGACAGCGAGAGCUCCGAUAGCAGUAUGCUUACCCUUGCCGCUACAGGAAACAUGAAUUGCACUAAAUCAGAAGAGAUGCCCAGUUUGCACUGUGUGACCCCGACGGUCAACGGCCUGCCAGACCCCCUGCCCAUGUGCCCUGCCUCGGGGGGGGUAGGGCGCCGGACUUCUGUGCUUUUCAAAAAAGCUAAGAAUGAAUCAAAGCUGCUGAGAGAGAGAGACAGUAUAAUCCUGAACGGGAAAGCCAGCGAGGUUGUAACUAACGGCAGUGCCCCGUCGACCCCCAACUCAGCUCCAAGUACCCCUUUAUCCACCCCAAAUAAGACCCCCCAUCAGACCCUGACCCCAUCAUCAUUCACCACAACCGACUGGGGGGCACCUGGUGGAAGUGCCGUCUCAGAAGAGGAGUUGGACCACAGCCCUAUUCACACACUGGAGUCUGGUCUCACCAAUGGUUUCAGUAAGCACAGUGACGGUUGUUCCAACUCUGACUGUAGCCCUCCUCCAAUACUCCACAAAGAAAUCAGCUCACUACCCAAACGUAGCCUUGGAAAACCAGCCCUUUCUAAAGUACCUUUCUUGGAGACUGUUAAUGGGGAUGCAGAUUACACUGCUACAGGCAGUGGUAUCCUGAUGCCUUUUGAAAACGGUGUGGAGCCAGAGCCCCUGGACCUGGUUUGGGCCAAGUGUCGGGGGUACCCCUCCUACCCUGCAUUGAUCAUUGACCCUGAGAUGCCCCAGGAGGGCUUGUUGCAUAACGGGGUUCCCAUCCCUGUUCCCCCGCUGGACGUCCUGAAGCUGGGAGAGCAGAAGACAGAGGAGGCCGGCCAGAAGCUUUUUCUGGUGCUCUUCUUCGACAACAAGAGGACAUGGCAGUGGCUACCGCGGGACAAGGUGUCUCCUUUGGGAGUGGACGAAACGGGCGACAAGCUGCGCAUGAUGGAGGGCAGGAAGACCACCAUCCGCAAGUCUGUGCAGGUGGCUUAUGAUCGUGCCAUGGUGCACCUGAGUCGUGUACGCCACGAGCAACAUUUUGUCACCUCCAACUACCUGUAGUUGUGUGUGUGUGUGUGGGUCUGAAUGGCUUUAAAUGACUGUUUCGAUAUUUAGGACCCCAAUCUAUAUUUUUCACACAGGUGUCACAUUAUAAAAAAGGGGAGUCACUUCCUUUAUAUAGUAGGUUUGAGUAACUUGCCUUGUCUUUCCUUGCAUCGUUGUUGAAAUUCAGGGCAAACAAAAAAUGCUGAGUUUUGAUGCCAAAAUACAUUCUUUCACAAUUUGCAAAGCUGUCAUUAUCAUGGCGCAGGUCUGUAGAUGGAAACUAAAUUGGCAUUCUCAACUAAAUCUGCAACAUUGCCAUCUGUUUUCUGCAUGUCCUGGCUGUAUUCUCUUGCUUAUGCUCCUUGUCGAUGUUGUCUGCUUCCAGUAAUUGUGUGUGUACAUCUACGGACCUGCUUCAUAACAGUGAGUGUUGCAGCUUAUUAAAGGAUGUAUUUGGGUGUUUUGGGAGCUUUACGCCUGUUUUCCGUUUGCCAUUUCCAUACCAAUGCUGAGAAAGAGGCAGUAAGUUACUCAGUGAUUUUUCAGUGUCUUCACCCUUCUAUCUCAUGACAAUGAAUUAUAUGACUUAGUCAUGUAUUCACUUGAGCCAUGUGGAUGCCACCCAAAGCAGUGGCUGAAUCAGAGUUGAAUGAACUCCUCCCUUUUGGUAAAAUGCUAGUGCCAAGGAAUCAAAUGAUUGAAAAAUAGUUAUAUGAACUGUGGAACAGUAUGAAUAAGACUGCCAUUUUUCUUAAAAUCACUUUUUAUAUUUUAAUGUUUUACAAACCACUUGUUAUAUAUUGUAAAGACUCUUGUAUGUACAGUAUGUAUAUAUUUCAUACUAAACCAAAUUCUCUUGCUAUUUUUUUUAAGUGCAAAUUCAAUCACCUAUACCAAUUUUAGCAAUGCUGUACAAACUUGUAAAAAAGUAUUAUCGCUACAGAGUGUAUUCAGCUUGUCUUUUAUGUUUGUCUGUCGUGGAUUUGCAGAACUGCACACAACACAAUGGACAUUUCUUUAUAAAUGCUUUUUUAUACAAAGAAAUGUAUUUUAUUUAUGGAAAUCUGAGAAUAUUGAAAUAAAGUUUUAUAUAUUGGUUGGAAGAUACAUUUCUUUUUAUCUGUUAGGAUUUUUAAUAAGGUUAUAACAUUUGCAUCCCAGAUGAACUAGUGAUGCAGAUGUGUUCAUAUUUUGCAUUCAGGGGCUUGUUUAAAUGCUUGACCAUGGGGAAGAACAGAAUAUAUAUUUAUUAUAGACUACUCAGAGUAUUCUAAACCCAGUUAAUAAAAUGGAGACAAACAAUGUAAGCUUGUACAAAUUGCAGAUUUGACCCACUUGCCAAAUAACAUGUUUGAAUCAGUAUUUUCAUGUGGGUAAAUAAAUAAUGAU